AUGGACGCCCGGGCAGAACAAUUCGUAGCCAGUGCCAAAGCCGGCCUCCAAAACGUCCGCAGUUCCCUCCAGAGCAAUCCCUCGCACUGGCGAAGCUGCACUGCGGCGGUACAACAGUGCAUUUCCUAUGUCGACCAGAGCAGGAUCAUGCACGAUCCUCGGCGGAUCCCUGAGCGAGUCUGGAUUCUCGACGAGGUUCAAUACUUUGCUUACUUCGAGCCCGACUCCGGCGGUGUCCCGGAGGUGACCACCUGGUGCGAGAGGGAAUGGAACAGAGUGCUCAGUGUUGACCCGCACCAUGUGGGUGCGCUCACGGGCCUGGGACAAGCUUGGCUGUCCAAAGCCCAGUUCUGGCUGGCGCGCAUCCACCAGCAGGAAAGUGGCGGCCGAGACGACGACCUCGCUGCUGAGCGCCGCCUGCACACCGCCGACUACGUAGAAGCCCGUGCGAUCCUGCAGCCCGCGGUGGACUUCUUCGCCCGUGCCGUGGAGACGGCCCGUGUCAGCGGUUGUCUGACCGGCAAGCUACUCGAGAAGAGAGCAGAGGCUUCAAUGAGCCUCGGAAACGUCUCGCCCAUGAGCGUGGGCCGCAUCCACUUCCGGGACAGUGUGCAGGCGCUCCAGGCGGCUGUUUCCAUAGGACAUCAUCUACCCCGCCAUCUACGACGUUGGCUCGUUGAUAACGAGCGCUACUUUUGAGCUGUAAAAAGUCAGCUAGUGGGAUUGGACGCAGAGGGGCGUUGGAGGGGCGUUCACUUGUUUAUGCGAUACCUUCUGGUGUGUUUGGGGGGGAAGGGGGGGUUGAGAUUGUUGUGCGUGUUUGAUGCUUGAUGGAGCCAUGAUUAGACCGUAUCCAUAUCCAUUGACCGCAGAUAUGCGCACAUCCAUCGUCGUUAUGUACCAAGGCUAGGAGAGGCAUGUAUACUGCCGUGUUCGUAACGACCGUGAUCGUGAUGAACCACCAGCUGCGUAGCGUCCUCGCC